GUAUCUUGUACUAAUUGUGAAACAACAAACACACCAUUAUGGAGACGCAAUUCUGAAGGACUGCCACUCUGUAAUGCAUGUGGACUCUUUUUGAAACUUCAUGGCAAAGUUCGACCGCUGAGUCUUAAAACUGAUGUCAUUAAGAAACGCAAUCGAUCCACAAGC